UUAAUUUCUCAGCCCGUUUUGUCAAAUAAAAUGACCACUGAAAAUUCACCUAAUUGUUUAUUCCAUAAUGAAAUUAUUCCCUAAGCAACCAAUAAUUAUUGUUAUGGACAACACGGAAGAGGCAGUCAUAUAAAUGUACGAAAAAUGCUUGCAGGCCUAUAUAAAAGUUUUGUUCGUCGCAUAGGCUACAUAUCUGUGUUACAUUGUAAGUCAAACUUUGUGUAAUACAACUUGCAUUUAAACAGAUAUAAACUAAUUACAAAACUAAAUUAAAAUAUCAUUCGAUUACGGAAUUAUCAAUGGCAAAGUCCGCUGACUAUCCGAACAUAUAUCAGGACGUCACAUGUAUCAAAGAGGCCGAUAGGCCGUCAGAAAGCUACGAAAACUAUAGACUUGAGGAACUGGGACGAUUUCGGACUGAUGGGACAGUCCCAGCCCGUAGCAAUUCUUGUUGUACCAGUUGUUGCCAUGGAGACGGAUAUGUAAAGACGUGCUUAAUUGGACUUCUGGUUGUUGUUGUCUUAGGCGCUGUCAGUGGGGGGAUAGCAUUGUUUGUUAAUGCAGCUACUGCUAAAGAUUGUCAGUGUCAUUUCACUAUGCCCGAUGGGUAUGUCGCCCAAAGUCAAACGGAGACUAAAGAAAAAACCGGAGCGUCAGGUUCCACACCAGAUACUAGAAUUACAACUGAGGGAGAUUCCGUGCCUCAAACACAAGAAACGAGAACAGGAUCAACAACAACCAUACAGAACAAUAACAAUAAUGAAGUAAAUCUUGGCACGGCUGUAUUCACAAGAUGGGGAAGAACACGCUGCCCAAACACAUCUACUACAUUAUAUUCAGGUUACACAGCUGGGAGCCCGUACGACGAUUAUGGGGGAACAUCAAGCGUGCUGUGUCUCCCCGCGAAUCCCCGAUACGGAAAGUUCAAAUCUGGAUAUUCACAAAGCUUUUUACACGGUGCUGAAUACGAUUCCUCCAAUCAGGCACUAGAGGCAAUAUUCGGUAAAACCAUUCAGAAUAAUGACAUGCCAUGCGCCGUUUGUGAGGUCACUGGUCGGAGCACAUCUGUGAUGUUUCCUGCACUCCAACAAUGUUUCGAUGGUUGGACCUUGGAGUACACAGGGUAUCUCAUGUCCAGUCAUGUAGGUCAAAAGAAGUCCAUUGAGACCAUCUGUGUGGAUAACGACCCCGAGACGCUUAUCGGUGAAAGCCAAAAUUCAAACGGUGCUCGUUUUUACUUCGUGGAGGCAGACGGCCAGUUGCCGGAGCCACCGUACUUUAGAGAAGCCGAACUUACGUGCGCCAUUUGUUCCAAAUAACAAAACAAACGGCAGAAGAGACGCUUUCAUGAACAGAAGAAAUUCUUGAAAUUAUGUAGAAGAAUUUUUGAAGUGCUUUGACAAAUAUUUUCAGUCUAUUUUUUCUUUGUCUAAAUUGUAAUGUUACUCUACUACAUACGUUACGUGAACUACAUGUAUGUGUUUGAGUUAUUUCCGCCUGGGUGUAUACUAAGAUCACAUUUGUUGUUCAAAACGCAAUAUGUCUAUGGAAAUUUAUUUGAUUUCUUUUAAAAUUUAGACUGGGUUCAUAGUAUUCAACUAUUCACUUUUUUCAAGUUUUGCAGUGAGUGUGUUUGUUUCAUUUAAAGGUGACUGUUGUCGUGUUGGGCAGUAGCAACGAAAAUAAAUGUGCAAGCGGUUAUAGAAUUCUUUAUAGCCGUUCAAAAGUUGAACAUAAAUCAUAUGUAACACACUGAUCUUUGCCAUACUUCCUGCUUGAAGGAACUGUGUCACUGAUUUUUGAAAAGAAAUACUUGUUUCAAUUUUAUGACUUUUUUGAGAUUACAUCCACUGUCACUGCACUUUUUAUGGGUUGGGGAUAGGUAUCAAGGUUUUGUAACACGUUUCCUUCAAGCGGGAAGUACUACAUAUAAUAUGAAGUAAAACUGAUCAUCCUAGCAGUAGGCUAAGUGUAACUUAUUCCCUUAAGUGACCUAUAUUUUGGUGUUCUCGAGAAUCGUGCUCAAUUUUGUAUUAACUGUUUUGAGAUUAAGAAGACCUUUCUAAAAUUGUACAGGUUGCUGUACCUUCCAAUUGUAAGAAAGGCGCUGGAACAAACAUUUGAAGAUUUUAGCUAUGAAUUUUUAUAUUCAGUGUUAUGCACCAUCUCAGUGUUCAAUACAAACGAUUAAAAUGUAUCUGUAAAUUAUAGAAAAAAAAUUA